AUGGCAGGAAUGGAAGAAGUGGCUGAUGAAGCAAAUCGGAGGAUAGGUGAUAGGGUUCAUUCGUUUAACAGCAUAAGUAGAAGGUCUGAUUAUUCUGCGCAACUCAUUCCCAUCACUAGUGCUACUUCUAGUCCUACAAGUGAUCAUUUGGAUGAUGAUUACGACAUCAAUAAUGGGGAGCUCAAUCCGCAGGACGCUUGGCUACCUCUCACCGAAUCGAGGAAAGGCAAUGUAUUAUCUGCUAGCUUUCAUUUACUAUGUUCAGGAAUCGGAGUACAAGCCCUUUUGCUUCCUGUUGCAUUUGCCACUCUUGGAUGGCAAUGGGGAACUGUAUGCUUGUCUCUGGCAUUCACAUGGCAGCUCUACACCAAAUGGCUUCUCGUACACCUACACGAAUCCGACUCUGGAACUCGUUACAGUAGAUACCUCGACCUCGCAACAACAGUCUUCGGUCAAAAGCUAGGGAAAGUUCUAGCUCUGGUACCGGUAAUGUAUCUUUCUGCUGGAACAUGUGUACAAUUAAUCAUCGUAGGAGGUAGAACAAUAAGGCUCUUCAUCAGAACUAUGUGUAGGGAUGGAUCAACCUGUGAUCCCAAAUCAUUGUCUGGUGCAGAGUGCUUCUUGGUGUUCAUAUGCAUGGCCAUUGUUGUGGCUCAGUUUCCCAAUUUGAACUCCCUGGCUUGGGUCUCUUUUAUUGGCAGCACAACUGCAGUUGUGUAUUGUACUCUGGUUUGGGGUCUUUCAAUUGGAAAGGUUAGAAUCAAUAACGUAUCAUACGAUUCGCCAGCAAUGGAGUCUAACAUGGAUAGGUUUGGAGGGAUAAUGAAUGCAAUAGGUAUCAUUUGUCUUGCAUUCAGAGGUCACAAUGUUGUUCUUGAAAUCCAGGGGACAUUGCCAACAAAUCCGAAAUUCCCAACGUGUAAGACAAUGUGGAGAGGAGUGACUAUAUCAUAUAUACUCAUAGCUAUCUGUUUGGCUCCUCUAGCAAUAGCUGGAUUCUGGACUUAUGGAAACAAGGUGAGAGAUCAUUUCAAUCAAGUCAAAAUUCUGAAUGUUUAUAACUCUAUCUGCAUAAGCAAGCAGCAUGGAAUUUAG